CCGGUCACCGCUCACCUCUCGCCCAAGGUUCGCCUGAGCAGGGAGGGCGCGGUGGCGGGAUACGGCAUGUUGGCCGCCGAGGAGCUGGAGGCGGGAGAGGUCCUCUUCACCGUCCCUCGGGCCGCGCUGCUGUCCCAGCACACCAGCUCCGUCCAGGGCCUCUUGCAGGAAGCCCAGGAGUCCCUGCAGAGCCAGUCCGGUUGGGUGCCUCUCCUGCUGGCCCUGCUACACGAGUACACAGCCAGCAACUCCCACUGGCAGCCUUAUUUCUCCCUCUGGGAGGACUUCAGGAGCCUGGAUCACCCCAUGUUCUGGCCUGAAGAAGAGCGGAGAAGGCUCCUGCAGGGCACAGGCAUCCCAGAAGCAGUGGACAAGGACCUUGCUAACAUCCACCUGGAGUACACCUCCAUCAUCCUGCCGUUCAUGGAGUCCCACCCCAACGUCUUUGACCCCAAGCUGCACACGCUGGAGUUGUACAAGCAGCUGGUGGCAUUUGUCAUGGCCUACAGCUUUCAGGAGCCUCUGGAGGAGGAAGAUGAAGAUGAGAAGGGGCCCAAUCCUCCGAUGAUGGUGCCUGUAGCAGAUAUUUUGAAUCACGUGGCCAACCACAACGCCAACCUGGAAUACUCUCCCCAAUGUUUACGAAUGGUUACAACACAGCCCGUCGGCAAAGGACAAGAGAUCUUCAACACAUACGGGCAGAUGGCCAACUGGCAGCUCCUACACAUGUACGGCUUCGCGGAGCCGUACCCUAGCAACACCAACGACACAGCCGACAUCCAGAUGGUGACAGUACGCAAGGCGGCACUGCAGCGUGCCAAAAGCGAAGCACAGCAGCGGCUGGUCUCAGAGCAGUGGGACUUCUUGUGCCAGCUGGAGAUGGUGGGGGAGGAAGGCGCCUUUGUGCUUGGCUGGGAUGAGGUGCUGACAGAGGAAGAGCUGUCCACGACCCUGAAGGUGCUGUGCAUGUCAGAAGAAGAAUUCAAGGAGUAUAAGGAACAAGAUGGCUGGGAAGACGACAGUGAGGAAGAGGAAAACUCUACCCUUUCUAAUGAGGCUCUCUCCAGACUUAAAACCCCUUGCAAGAAGCUCCUUUAUGACAGUGUGCUGCUGACCCUGGAGUCUUACAGGUCAGACUUGAAAGCGGAGCAGGACUUGCUAAAUAACAAGGAGGCUUAUGAGAAACUGAGUCGAAGGGAGCAGCAAGCUUUGCAUGUGCGCUAUGGACAGAAAAGGAUCUUGCAUCAGCUGCUAGAGCUGGUACACUAGAAACCUCGCUGCUGCUGGAAGUGAACUGCCUGGAACUGUGCUCAGGAGGGGAAGGGUCAGCCUUUGGCCGUCUCUUCUACAGCAGCGAGAACAGAUGGCAAGAUUGAAUACGGGCCCACUUGUCCCUCACACGGCACAUGGCUUUUUAGCUACCUCUGCAUAAACAAAAAUACCUUCCACAGCACAGAAGUGGUUUUGGGUGGCUUUACCUUACAGCGAGAGCUCUGGAGCACAACUACCACCUUCUUCUAGAGGACUUAAGAACACCCAGAUCUCCUCAUGGCUGCUUUAGGAAGGCAGACAUACCCUGUCAGAACAAGAAAUGGGUUCCCUCAUUUAGCAUCAGAAAUUUAAGGCAAGAACUGCUCCUUGUCCAGAUGCAGAGGGCAGAGAUCCAGCUGGUAGCUCUUACCUUACAGAGGUUCAGAGUAAGUAUCUGGCAGGUGGAGACGCUGACAAACUAAACUCUUCACCUAUGCUUUGUUGAUACUGAGCAUUUUAAAGAGUACAAGCCCACCUGUCUGGUUUUCAUGUAGGCUCAGUAUAGCAAGAUAUUUCCUUUUACCUUUAUAAAAGGCAUUUCUGUAUGGGCUUGCGACUACCCUAUACAGGAGCAGUUCUGCAGCUGCUGUAGGCUAAGCGUUCGAUACACACCCUCCGGUUGAUAAAGUUCUUCCUGAACUCAGGCACUGCUCAGCAUCACAGUUAGCUAUAUUAAUAUUUCCCUCAGCAGUUUCUGCAUGACAGAACACUGGAGGUUUGCAGGCCAAGCUAUAUUUAAUAAAGAUGAUGUUUCUUAUCCA